AUUGACAAAUGAAAUGAAUAGAUUAUUUUUAUUUAAUUAUUCAGAAUCAUUCACUUUAUUGUAUGGAUUGCUUGCUUUUGCAUUAGUUUAAAGCUAAUGAUCAUGAUCAUGCUGCUCCACAAUACAAGUAAUGUGACGAUGAUUUCCACUAUUUCUAGAGUUGUAGUUUGUGUCCUAUUUGGAUUUGCUCUUGGACAUCAUGGAGUUCAUGCAGCUCCCACCCCCGAAAGGUUGCCUGUAUCGCAGUACUCAAAAGAGCUGUGUGAAGAAAAGCGAAUAGACUUCGGGAAAGACUUGUACGAACUAUUCCGACCUACUGGCCACAAAGAUUACGACUUUGUAUACGAGCUGCUAUAUACUCUGUGUUGGGACCAACAGAACAUUGGUGGGUCGAAGGCACUGAACACCUUGGUUGCCCGCUUGUACGACAAAGACGGAGAUGACAUUCUUACUCACUGGGAACCAAGACCAUGAAAAUGAUUCAACUUCUCCACUUUCCUUCCCCAGGCUGCUCAUAGAAUCUUCAGUACUAAGAACUUUAUCAAGAGGACCUGCCAUUAACUACAAGAUUCUUUGAAAUUGUUUCAUUUAUAAACUAAAUAAUUACACAAUAUAUUCAACGUUUUUAGUUCCUAGCUGGAUUUUUUUAUUGAAAUAUCUGGUAACAGAUGG